UGUUAGCCUUCACAGAUCUUUGGAGAGGCUUCGCCAAUCUAUAAAGCUACAGCAAGAAUUUAUUAAGUUUUCUAUUAGAACUGCAAUAAGUUAAUAACCUUUGAUUGAAUCACGUUAGCUAGCUCCACAGUUAGACAAAUUCUUUAUUAGUCUCAAGAUCGUGCCAACUAAUUGUAGAUUUGUUAUAUCAUAAUCUCUUUGAAGAAUGUGAAUAAUUCAACCAGAUACCUCAAAAUUAUUGAGGCUUUACCUUCCAAUUUCCAAUGAUUUCAUUUUUCAAACGUAGCCGCAGGAACUUGACUUUUUCUCGACCAGAUAGUAAUUACAUCCAUCUAUGGGAAAACAACGUACACCCCAAUUUUCCUCUGUUUCUGAUCAAAACAUCACAUCAGAACUCUCUAAUAGGCUCCCACUUUGGCAUUAACAUUGAUUAAAAAAGAAAUCCAUUGUUUUCUUGCGACAGUAAGAGAAAUUGGGCAGUAACAAAGCCUUCUGCUGCUUACCAUAAUUCAUAUAUUAUCUUGUAACUGGCCGCUUAAGUUUAAUUGGUCUUCUCUGCCAUUAAUGGCGACUCAGAGAACUGGCCAUGGCCAACCAUUUUUGUUGUUUGUGAUCUUCUUUUUGACCUUCAUUUCCAGGCGUUGCUUUGUUGAAGUAAAAUCCCAUCCUCUGCCGGAAAAUCAUGCUGCUUUGUUCAUAUUUGGAGACUCUUUCUUGGACGCCGGCAACAAUAAUUACAUCAACACCACAACUCUUGACCAAGCUAACUUCUGGCCCUACGGCCAAACCCACUUCGGAUUCCCCACCGGAAGAUUUUCCGACGGUCGUUUGGUGUCUGACUUCAUCGCUGAAUUCGCCAAGCUGCCAUUGAUCCCACCUUUCCUUCAACCUGGUUUUAGUGAAUAUCAUAAUGGAGUCAACUUUGCGUCUGCUGGAGCAGGUGCUUUGUCUGAGACUUUUCAUGGGUCGGUGAUCGAACUCAAAGCACAGAUAAAGUACUUCAGAGAGGUAGUAGAGAUGGAGAUUAAACGGAAGUGGGGCAAAGCCAAAGGUGGAUUAAUAUUGUCAAAAGCUGUAUAUUUGUUUAGCAUAGGAACCAACGACUACAUGAGCCUCUUCUUAACCAAUUCCUCUCUACUCAAAUCCCACUCCAAAUCUCAAUAUGUUGAGCUGGUGAUUGGUAACUUGACAGCUUCCAUCAAACAAGUAUAUGAAAGUGGGGGCAGGAAAUUCGGAUUUAUGAACCUGCCGGCGAUGGGUUGCAGCCCAGGGCUGAGAGUGGUUGAUGGGGGGUGCUUGGAAGAGCUGUCAGCAUAUGCAAACAUACACAACCAGAGAUUGGUGAGGGUUCUUGAAGAGCUGGAGAAGCUGCUGAAGGGGUUCAAAUACUCAUUGUACGACUUCAGCAGCAGGCUGAGGCAGAGAAUGGAGAGGCCAUUGAAAUAUGGAUUGAAGGAAGGGAAGAAGGCAUGCUGCGGCACAGGGAGUUAUGGAGGAGUGUUCAGCUGUGGAGGAAGAAGAGGAGUGAAGGAGUUUGAAUUGUGUAGGAAUCCUGAUGAAUAUGUGUUUUGGGAUUCUUACCAUCUCACCGAGAAUCUCCACAAACAGCUUGCUCAUGAAAUGUGGACUGCCUCCUCACCCGAUUCCUGCAAUCCCCGUUAUUCUAUCGAGAAUCUCUUUCUAAUCUAACUCUUUUCACUCUCUG